AGAAACCUCUUCUCAACAGACUACUAAGACCUCGGAAAUUGUAGUUGAAGGUAUGUCAGAUAAUUUAAAGCAUGAGAAAGAUAGUAUGCCUAAUGAUAGCCAUUUCGAGCCAAACCCAAAAAAUGAUGAUGAUGAUGAAAGCACCAACCAAUCUGGUAAAGGCGACACUCAAAUCUCUUCUACAUUGGAUGGAAAUCGUGAGUUUAAACAAGACACUGACAACGUGAAUAACAAAAGUAACGAAGGCCGAGAAACUAAUACGGACUGUUUGAAACUGGACAAUACUUCCACUGGAAAAGCAGGGAAUCAAAAUAGAAUUGACGAAGACCAAGAAAUUAGUUUGAGAUCAGACAAUAAUGGCAAAGAACAAGCAGGUAGUUCAACAGAGGUACAGAAUAGCGACGACCAUCCCAACAAUGAAGAUGAUAACUAUGCCUCUAACCCAGGAAAUGAAAAUCGUGGCGAAACCUCUUCUCAACAGACUACUAAGAAGACCUCGGAAAUUGUAGUUGAAGAUAUGUCAGAAAAUUUAAAGAAGGAGGAAGGUGAUUUUCAAACCGACAAAAGAGUAAGUGAGCGACACCAAGGCACUGAGAUUCAAGAGCCGGUGAGAGUAAAGGAGAAAUACUAUGAAUUGAUUCCUUCCGCAGGCUUUCGAAGCCAAAUAUAUAACAGAGACUGUGAAAGAUUCAGAAACGGUUAUCCU